CUUCAUUGUCGCCGAUUCCUCUCUAAACUUCUUCUUCUUACCCAUCUCCCAAUAAACACAGAUGUAUAGAUACAAAUAAAGCCCAAAACUAUAGAGGAUCUGCAUAUAAAGAGCUAAAGUUUCCACUUUUCUUGACCCGAUCAGGAGUGCUUAUAUAUGUCACUUGGAAAAUCUUUCUUGGUUGAGUCUGUGAGGUUGUUUAAUGGGGGGCGCAAAUUCAAAACCUGAAGAAGAUAAAGCCUUGCAACUUUGUUAUGAACGGAUGAAUCUUGUUAGACAAGCACUUGAUGCCCGGAGCGCCUUUGCAGCCAACCAAAUCGCUUAUGUUGAGGCGCUGAAAGCCAUAGGAAUUCAUUUAAGAGAGUUUGUUGAAGCAGAAAGUCCAUUUCAGAAGGCUGAAGAAAAUCCAUCUUCCCUGGGGGCUCUGGAACCAGAGGAUGAAUUUAUGAAUGGGGAGAGCAGUUUGACAAAUCUACCCCCGCUGAGGCGCCCUUCGCCAAGAGUCAUUAGCAGGGUGAAACCGGUAAGCAAUGUAAAAAAUAAGGUUGUUAUGAAGGACUUCUUCUCUUCUGUGAAAGAAAUCGAACUCCUCUUCAUUCAAGCCUCAGAUUCAGGAAGAGAAUUGUCUGAGACAUUGGAAGCAAAUGAUUUCCAGUUUGAUCUAAUUUUCCCCUCCGAAGAAGAAACUCCUCAAACUUCUGUUAAAUAUCUGACAUGGCACGACACCUCAUUGUCGCCUUCUUCAUCAUCAAGGAGCCAGCAUAAUGUGAAUUCAACUGAUGCAGAAGAUUCAUCCGAUCAUGUAGCCGGUAACUUCUGUACGAAUUUGGGCAGUCAUGCUUCCAUCUUGGAUCAAUUGUAUGCUUGGGAAAAGAAACUUUAUGAUGAAGUUAAGGGUUGCGCUAUGGUGAGACGUAUAUACGAUGAAAGGUGCAAGGUUCUUAGACAAAUGGAGUUCAAAGAGGAAAGUUCCGGAAGGAUCGAUAAUGUGCGUGCGGUGGUGAAGGACCUGCACUCCAGCAUUGGUGUUGCCAUUGACAGAAUAAAUUCAAUAUCGAGGAAGAUCGAGGACCUAAGGGACAAUGAACUUCAACCUCACCUAGAGGACUUGAUCCAAAGAUUAAGAAGAAUGUGGGAAGUAAUGCUCGAUUCCCACAAACGUCAGCACCAAAUCAUCUCCGUCUCAUACCCACUGCCGGGAAACAUCACUGCCUCCACGAACUCGCCGGAUUCGCGGUGGGAGUCGGUUACGCGCCUCCAAAACGAGCUCCGAUCCCUAUCACCUAUCUUCACUGAUUGGAUCGCUGCCCAGAAAACGUACGUCGAAGCCAUCAAUGCGUGGCUCGUCAAGUGCGUCUUUCUCGAAGAGACCUCCUCCCGGAGACGGAGGAGGAGAAACCCGCCCCCGCUCCGAAAAUACGGGCCCCCCGUUUACGCGCUGUGCGGCGUUUGGCUCGACGCGAUCGGCUCUUUGCCUGCUAAAGACGUGGCCGACACCGUCGAAGUAUUGACUUCUGAAUUGACCCGUCUCUUGCCGCCACCAGAGAAAGCCCGAGCGCGUGAGGGACGUGGUGAUCCACGUGGCAGCAGCCCGAGCUUUGACCGUUUCCACGCGAGCUUGACUGUUUUACUGGGGCAGCUGAGCAAAUUUGCAGAUUCUUCUGUGAAAAUGUUCACUGAUAUUCAGAAUUUGACACAAGAUGCUAAAUGUAGUUAUGCUCAAUUCAAGUCAUUUCUAUAGAUAUGAUAUAGAAGAAAAAGAAGAAAAUGAAAUGGUGCUUUAUAUAGUUAUUUCUAGUUUAUUCAUAUUUUACAUAUUAAAAGAGAAUUACAUGAUUUUAUUUUAUUUUUCCUCUGAAUAUGGGUACAAUAUGUUCAUGUUCUAAAGUUAGUGUGACAAAAUAGAUAUAUAUUUAGGGUCAUUUUGGUGAGGGCAAAAGAUACUACUCCCUCCGUCCAUAAAAGAUUGCCACAGUU